CCACCCACCGGUCAAUCUUCACCAUGCUCCCCGCUAGCGUCGCCCGCGCCGGCCUGCGUGCCACGGCUCAGCAGUUCGCCAUGCCUCGCACUGCCGUCAUGAACGGCAUGAGGACCUAUGCCACCGCGACCCAGGAGGUCAAGGCCCCUGUUGCCCUGUACGGCGUUGACGGCACCUAUGCCACUGCUCUGUACACCGCCGCCUCCAAGGCCUCCGCCCUGGACCAGACCGCUCGCUCCCUCGCCAGCCUGGGCUCCACCCUCCAGGCCGACCGCAAGCUGACGGGCAUCAUCUCGGCCCCGACCCUGACCGUCUCCGACAAGCAGCAGAUCGUGCAGGAGCUGCUCCGACUGACCGGCGACAAGGGCGAGGUUGUGAAGAACUUCCUGACUACGCUGGCGGAGAACAACCGUCUGGGUGCGCUUGAGGGUGUGUGCGAGAAGUUCAACACUCUGAUGGGUGCUCACCGUGGUGAGGUUGAGUUGAACAUUACCAGUGCUCAGGAACUCGACACCAAGACCCUCAACCGCCUCGAGAAGGCCGUUGCCAAGUCCGAGUACAGCCAGGGCAAGAAGCUCAAGGUUGUUUCCAAGGUCAACCCCGACCUCGUCGGCGGCCUCGUCGUCGAAAUCGGCGACCGCACCAUCGACCUCAGCGUGUCGUCCAAGAUCGCCAAGCUGAACAAGGCCCUCACCGACGCUUUGUAAAUUAUCUCUCGUCUUUUUAAAACCCGUGUCCCUGUUACCCUAUCUAUCUAUCCUCUAGAUUAUGCGGUGCACCUUGUCUAGUAUCAUAUAACCAAUCAACUAUAUUACUUCUUCUU